CCCGUCCCCCAGGUGCUGUUCUGCACCCUGAACACGCACAAGGUGGACAUGGAGAAGCUGCUGGGGGGGCAGAUCGGCCUGGAGGACUUCAUCUUCGCCCACACCAAGGGCCAGCGCAAGGAGGUCCAGGUCCUCAAGUCAGAGGAGGCCUUGGGCCUCACCAUCACCGACAACGGCGCCGGCUACGCCUUCAUCAAGCGGAUCCGCGAGGGCAGCGUCAUCGGGCGCAUCCCGGUGAUCGGCGUCGGGGACGUGAUCGAGGCCAUCGACGGGCGCAGCCUGGUGGGCGCCCGGCACUUCGAGGUGGCCAAGAUGCUCAAGGACCUUCCCCGCGGGCAGAGCUUCGCCCUGCGGCUCACCGAGCCCCGCCGCGCCUUCG